UUCAUACGCGCAUGCGUAUUCAUGUGCUGGACAACAACAAUCCUUGCUGCUGCAGAGUUAAAAUGUUUGCCCACUUGGCCUCUCAUAAUGCAGUCCUUUUUGUUUGUGAACUCGUAAUGAAGUAAAAACAAUAUUUGAGGACAGAUUAAUUAGAAGAUAUGCUAUGAAGCUAACGCGGAAACUUGUUCUUGCUAAGGCUAAGGCCUCCGACUUGGAAAGCGUGAAGAAACUGAACUGCUGGGGGUGCAACCUGACUGACAUUUCAAUUUUCUCUCAAAUGCCAAACAUUGAGGUGCUCGCACUCAGUGUAAACAGCAUCUCAACCCUCUCUCCGUUGGCCGGCUGUCUAUCUGUGGUUGAGCUCUACCUGAGGAGGAACAUGAUUCCCUCUCUAUCUGAGCUCUCACACCUGCGUCCUCUGACACAUCUCAGGGUCCUCUGGUUGGCUGAAAACCCUUGUUGUGGAUCUGACUGCAGCCAGUAUCGGCUCACCGUGCUGCGGUGUCUGCCUCACCUACAGAAGCUCGACAACCAAGUAGUGACAGAGGAUGAGCUUGCAAUGGCUCUCAAGGAGGGUGAAGUGGUGACAACCCCUCCCAGCAGCAUUCAAAACCAGCUCUCCACCAACGGACUUCCAGAUGCAGAGACAGAGAACGACCCACUGAACUACAACAUGGAGGAGACCAAUAAAAUCCGGGAAGAGUUGGGGAUGAAGCCCCUCUCCAGAGACAAGUUCCCCUCUCUUUCUUCUCCCUCAACCAGAGAAAUCAAACCAUCAUUGAAAAAGACACACACUCUUGAUGCAGUUCUGCUGCUGCUGAGGGAUUUGGAUGAAGAGGAGCUUCGCAUUGUAAACACAGUGACUGAAAACAGACUCCAGACUUACACACUGGACUCCGAAACGCUCGACAGCACACAGCAGACACAGAAGACUGCAGACAUCCAACACUGAAACAUUUCACAGCACGCACUCAGGGCCGAACCACGCUUUAUUUCUUUCCACCUUAAAUCCCAAAUGUCCGUUCUUCUUGGAACUCUGAAACAGAAUUCUCAAACACCGGCUUUGUUUAACACCUUUUACCAUAAAACUGCCGAGCACUGCAUGUUAUGUUAAUUGUUUGAGCUCUCUCUCUCUUCUCACGUGUGCAGCUGUGCCGACUCCUUCCCUUGACUUCCUUACUUUCCACUGCAGCAUGCCGACCUGCCUCGCAAGAACAAAAGAUUCUAUGUUUUGCUUAAUGUAAAUCUAUUUCUGUAAUAAAGGGAAUAAAUUGCAAUACAACAAUUCUA